GUCUCCCCCACUGGGGUGAAAUUCAGCCUGGAAGGAACAGUUCAGGCUGUGGCAGCACGGAGAGCGGAGGGGCGUUAAGAGGGGAUGGAGCCUCCCGCGUUCUCCCCGUUCUUCAACCCGUCUGGGAGCUGAUAGGCAAAACAUGGCUGGUUUUGAUCCCCUAGGAUGGGAUUUGGGAGCCAGUUCCUGGCGUCCAGCAGCGUGCGAGCGCCUGCGCGGCUGCUGCUGCUCACGUGCUGCCGCUGUUUGCAUUGCUGAUGUAUUUUUGUGCUCCUGCACCGCUCAGCUUUUUCUUGGCCUGCAAACAGGCCGAGCGCAGACCGCUGGAAAGGGCAGGUUCAGUCCUUCAGCUGAAGGAUGGAGCAUUUAUUUCUAUCUCAGCGCGGUCUUAAAAUACUCGCCGGCGCGCUGCAGUUGUUACCGUAUAAGGAGAGCCGUCGUGUGACAUCCCAGCAGCUCUCAGAUAUGUUAGAUGUGUUUUUUUCUCCUCAGAACACCUUGGGCUCUUGGAAUGAGUGGCCCGAAAUUGCCUUUCCUUAGCGGGAAGAGGGUUGGCGAGGCAGGCUGGGCGCACAGAGUUGAGGAAGGCUCCUCCGAGAGGAGGCUCAGAGCUGCAGCGCUCAGCGUUGGCGCGCUGCUCUGUUUGCAAAGCAUCCUGAAACAGCCCCAGAUCUGCCCGCGCUGCGAGGUUUGCAGCAGUGCUGCUGUCACCGAGGUGUGCAGAGCUCAGGGGGGGCACCUUCGAGGGUGACGGAGCGCUGGAGCAGGCUGCACAGGGAGCUGGUGGAGUCCGUGGGUCCCAACGUGUCCCAAUGGGUCCCAAUGGGUCCCAAUGGGUCCCAACGUGUCUCUAUGGGUCCCACUGUUCACUGGAACAGGCUGCACAGGGAGCUGGUGGAGUCUAUGGGUCCCAACGUGUCCCAAUGGGUCCCAACGUGUCUCUAUGGGUCCCAAUGGGUCCCAAUGUGUCUCUAUGAGUCCCACUGUUCACUGCAGCAGGCUGCACAGGGAGGUGGUGGAGUCUAUGGGUCCCAGCGUGUCUCCAUGGGUCCCAGCGUGUCCCAAUGGGUCCCAACGUGUCCCAAUGGGUCCCAAUGUGUCUCUAUGGGUCCCACUGUUCACUGGAACAGGCUGCACAGGGAGCUGGUGGAGUCUAUGGGUCCCAACAUGUCUCUAUGGGUCCCAGUGGGUCCCAACGUGUCUCUAUGGGUCCCACUGUUCACUGGAACAGGCUGCACAGGGAGGUGGUGGAGUCUAUGGGUCCCAACGUGUCCCAAUGGGUCCCAACGUGUCUCUGUGGGUCCCAAUGGGUCCCAAUGUGUCUCAAUGGGUCCCAACAUGUCUCUAUGGGUCCCAAUGGGUCCCAAUGUGUCUCUAUGGGUCCCACUGUUCACUGCAGCAGGCUGCACAGGGAGCUGGUGGAGUUUAUGGGUCCCAACCUGUCUCUAUGGGUCCCAAUGGGUCCCAAUGUGUCUCUAUGGGUCCCACUGUUCACUGCAGCAGGCUGCACAGGGAGGUGGUGGAGUCUAUGGGUCCCAACGUGUCUCUAUGGGUCCCAACGUGUCUCUAUGGGUCCCAAUGUGUCUCUAUGGGUCCCACUGUUCACUGCAGCAGGCUGCACAGGGAGGUGGUGGAGUCUAUGGGUCCCAACGUGUCUCCAUGGGUCCCAACGUGUCUCCAUGGGUCCCAACGUGUCUCUAUGGGUCCCAAUGGGUCCCAACGUGUCUCUAUGGGUCCCACUGUUCACUGCAGCAGGCUGCACAGGGAGGUGGUGGAGUCUAUGGGUCCCAACGUGUCUCUAUGGGUCCCAAUGUGUCUCUAUGGUCCCACUGUUCACUGGAACAGGCUGCACAAGGAGGUGGUGGAGUCUCCUGCUCUGCAGAUGUUCCAGACCUGCCUGGAUGCCGAGCUGUGCGACUGCUGUAGGAGCUGCUUUGGCAGGGGGUUGGACUCCGUGAGCUCUGCAGCUCCCUUCCAACCCCUGCAGUUCUGUGAUGCUGUGUUCGCUGUUUGAUUCCCUUUCCUUGCCCCAAGAAAAGCUUCCCGUCCAUCUGCCUUCCUGCCCGUCCCUUUGCA